AUGCGUAAAUUAAUGGUUUUCUGCACAUUAAUUGCUAUGGUAGCAGCAGAUGAUCAAGGUUAUAACUACAACUUACAAUAUGAAAUUUCUUCUUCGAGGAAUUUGGAGGAACAACCAAUUUUGAAGUCUGCCAAAGACACCGAAUAUUUUCACUACACUGCACCUGAUGAUGUAAACGAUGUCACAGAUGCCCGACGUUUGGCAGGUUUACUUCAUCCACAACGUGUAGUUUUCAUUAAAAAUCCAGAAAAUAAUAUAUUUUCUCGGACGGCCGAAGAAUUGGCCAAACAGCAAUCUCUUAAUAUUUAUGUACUCCAACGACAAAUGGAUUUCGCAGGACUUCGAAGUCAAUUACAGGAAAUACGAGAUCGUGUUGAACAUAAACCUAAUGUACAAUUUAUUAAGUAUAGAACGCCAGAUGAUAUUGAAAGAGCUAAACAGGCAGUAUACAAUGAUUUUGAGAGCAUACCAGGUCCAUCAAAAUACCAUCAAAAUCAUCAAACACCAAUUUACGAAUUCGAUGCUAAAACUCAACAACUUCAUUCUGUUCAACAAGAACUUCCAACGCAACCUCCUGUAAUUUUCGAGAUAAUCAGGCGUCCAACUGCUGCAACCAUAUCUCAAGUCAGCACCCAAGAAAGUAUUAAAACUCCAAUAGUUAUGAGUGCAGAAGAGCCUUCAACCAAAUCCUUGGAAUAUUUACCAUCACCAUCAAGUUAA